AUGGCGGAGCCCGAGCCCGCGCCCGCCGGCCUCGCCGACGCAGUGCUGCUGGCGCCUCUCACUGAGGAUUCUUUUCUACACAACUUGCAUGUGCGAUAUAAACGAGACAUCAUAUAUACAUACGUGGGCAACGCGCUGGUGUCGGUGAACCCGUGCCGCGCGCUGCCGCUGUACUCGGCCGAGCUCGUGCGUACGUACCUGGCGCGCCCGCCCUACCUGCUGCCGCCGCAUCUCUACGCCAUCACCGCCACCGCUUAUCGCUGGGUUCGAGACAGGAAUGAAAAUCAAUGCAUUGUAAUAACAGGCGAGAGCGGUGCGGGCAAGACGGAGGCGGCGCGCGUGUGCCUGCAGUGCGCCGUGGUGGCGGGCGGCGGCGGCGGCGGCGGCGGCGCGCUGGCGGCGGCCGGCACGCUGCUCGAGGCCUUCGGCAACGCCGCUACCGCGCGCAACCACAACGCCAGCCGCUUCGGCAAGCUACUAGAUAUAGAAUUUGACUUCAAGGGCGAACCCGUCGGUGGACACAUUACUCACUACCUCCUGGAAAAGGAGCGCGUGUGCUGCGUGGCGGAGGGCGAGCGCAACUUCCACGUGCUGUACCAGUUGCUGGCCGGCGCCGACGCGCACCUGCUGAAGCGGCUGAAGCUGCAGCGGUCGUGGGAGCAGUACCGCGUGCUGCGCGGCGGCGCCAGCUGCGCGGAGGGCGGCGCGGGCGGCGCGUGCGGCGAGUGCGCGGCGGCCGGCAGCGCGUCGCCGCGCCGCGCGCCGCCGCCGCCGGGCCCGCGCGCGCCCGCUGCCGACCGCGACCAUUUCGCCUUCACCAAGGCCGCCAUGGGCGCGCUGGGCUUCAGCGCGGGCCAGUGCGGCGCCGUGCUGCGCCUGCUCGCCUUUCUGCUCAAGCUCGGCAACGUGCAGUUCGAGCCGCAGCACAACAUCGACGGCUCCAUCGGCACGCGCUUGCAGCACGAGUAUGGUCGUUUGUGGUGGAUACGGACAGAGCUGCGGGAGGCGUGCGCGCUGGUGGGCGUGGAGGCGGACGCGCUGGUGCUGGCGCUGGGCGUGGCGCGCGACGACGACGCGCCCGCCGACGACGAGUGCAGCUCGUCCGCCGGCUCCGAGGCCGAGGGCGCGGGCGCUGAGUGGGCGCGCGCGCUGCGCGACCGCCUGCUGUGCGCGCUCUACUCGCGCCUCUUCACCUGGCUCGUGAGCGCCGUCAACGACGCGCUCAAGCCGGCCGCCGUGGGCGCGCGCCGCUCGCUCGGCAUCCUGGACGUGUACGGCCUGGAGGCACUGGCGCACAACGGCCUCGAGCGGCUGCUCAUCAACUACGCGGCCGAGCGCGUGCAGGCCGCCGUCACCGCCGCCACGCUGCGGCGCGAGCAGGACGAGUACGCGCGCGAGGGGCUGGCGUGGGCGCCGCUGCCCUACGCCGAGCACGAGCCUUACGCCGACCUGCUGGACGCCGGGCCCGACAGCGUGCUGGGCGCGCUGCGCGAGUGCUCCGCGCGCGGCGCCAGCGACGCCGCCUUCCUGCAGCGCCUGCAGCGCCGACGCCACCCGCGCCUGCUCGUGCUGCCGCCCGACCGCUUCCAAGUGGUGCACUUCGGGGGCGCGGUGGUGUACAGCGCGCGCGGCAUCGUGCAGAAGAACCGCGACGCGGUAUGCCGGCGCUGCGCGGCGGUGCUGGGCGCGGCGCGCGAGCCGCUGCUGGUGGCGCUGUUUGCGGCGGGCGCGGGCGCGGGCGCGGGGUCGCCGCGGCGGCCGUGCGCGCUGGCGUGCCGGCAGCGCGCGCUGGUGGGCGCGCUGGUGCGGCGCCUGCCGGCCGCGCCGCGCCUGGUGCGCUGCCUGCGCGCCGACGCCGCGCUGCGCCCGCACCGCUUCGACGCCGCGCUGCUGCGCCACCAGAUACGCACGCAGGGAAUAAUGGACAUGGCCUUACUACGGCGCGCGGGCUGGUGCGAGUCGAUGUGCGCGCGCGCCGUCCUCGCGCGCUACGGCGUGCUGCGCGCGGGCGCGGGGGCGGGCGCGGGUGCGGCGGCGGGCAGCGCGCCGCCCUCGCCGGCGGAGCGCGACGAGCCGGUGCGCGCGGCGCGGGCGCUGCUGCGCUCGCUGCCUAUACCCAGUGCAGAGUUUGCUUACGGCCGCACGAAGGUGUUCAUCCGUAGUCCCAGAACGGUGUGGGAGCUGGAGGCGCUGCGCGCGGCGCGCGUGGAGCGCCUCGUGCGCGCCGCGCAGCGCGCCUGGCGCCGACAUCGCGCGCGCCGCCGCCGCGCCGCCGCCGCGCGCAUCGCCGCCGCCUGGCGCCGCCACCGGGAAAGACAAGCGACGCUAGAAAAAAGAGCGACUCGGCGUCUGCUACACCCGAGUCGGAACACGAGCGUGGAGGAGGCGGAGGCGGCGGACGAGAGCGCGGGCUCGGUACGCGUGCGCGCUGCCCGCGCCAUCUGGCGCUGGUGGUGCGCGGUGGCGCGGCGGCGCUACCUGGCGGCGCUGUGGGCACGGCUGCCGGCGCGCCACCGCUCGCCCGCCUGCGCCGCCUGGCCUCCCGUGCCGCAGCCCCGCCUGCUGGCGCGCGCCGACGCGCUGCUGCGCCGCCUGCACCACCGCUGGCGCUGCCAGCUCUACCGCCGCGCCUUUGACCAGACUGCGCGCAACCGCAUGCGCGAGAAGGUUACCGCCAGCGUGCUGUUCAAGGAGCGCAAGCUGAACUACGCGCGCAGCGUGGCACACCCCUUCGUGGGCGACUACGUGCGGCUGCGCGCGUCGGCGGCGUGGCGGCGCGGGCUGGGCGCGGCCGCCGCCGACCGCUACGUGGUGUUCGCGGACGUGGUGGGCAAGGUGGCGCGCUCCAGCGGCCGCGUGUCGCGCUGCCUGGCCGUGGUGUCCACGGGCGCGCUGCUGCUGCUAGAGGCGCGCUCGCUGCGCCUCAAGCGCCGCGUGCCCGCGCACUGCGUGUACCGCCUGUCGCUGUCGCCCUACGCCGACGACCUGCUGGUGGUGCACGUGCGCGCGUGCAGCGCGCUCGAGAGCUCGGCCGAGGAGCUGUCGCAGUGCUCGUCGCGCGAGCCGCUGGACGCACCCGGCUGCCUGUUCGGCGGCGAGGGCGCCUGGCGGCGGCGCGGUGACGUGCUGCUGCGCACCUGCCACGUGCUCGAGCUCGCUACCAAGCUGUUCCUCGUGGUGCAGAACGCCGUGGGCGCGCCGCCCCACGUCAACGUCGCCACCGAGUUCGAGGCCAACUUCGGGCAGCAGAUGGUGACGGUGUCGUUCCAUGCGGUGGGCGGCGUGGCGGGCGCGGGCGCGGCGGUCGGCGCGGCGGGCGAGGGUGGCGCGCGCCUGCUGCGGCGCGGCAGCCGCAUGGACGUGCUGCUG